AGUGCUAAGUAGCAUCUAAGAAAGUGAAUGUGAGAGGGGCUGGAGACAGAAGAACGUGCCACUUUAUCAUUGCACAUCUUUGCAGAUCACCACUUCUCUGUUUCUGUUCCAAUGGCUCCAAGAUUCCAAAGAGAAGGCAUUUGUUUUUACCUACUCACCCUGCUGGGUGCUUUGGCAGCAUCUACUCAAGGAUUGACCAAGAAAAGUCAAUGUCCAUCCUGUGGAGUGCAAGACAAGGAGGUAAUGAUAGAGUUGGCCAAGCAGCAGAUUCUGCAGAAACUCCAUCUCAAGGAAAGACCCAAUAUCACCCACCCGGUCCCCCGAGGGGCUGUAGCCAAUGCUCUGAGAAGGCUGCACCUUAACAAGCCCAGAAUGGAAGGGCUAUUUGGAUCUAACAGUUGGGACAGUAAUACCGAAAAUACUGACACAGACCAGCAGAGCUAUGAAAUCAUCAGCUUUGCAGAAACUGAAUAUACCAAUGAAAACAGUAUUACACUGAACUUCCAGUUUACAAGAGACAAGGAGCAAAGUGCACAUGUUCUACAAGCCCACCUGUGGCUUUUCUUCAAGGCAAACAGGACGAGCCAGCAAAAUGAAACGAUUCGAUUAUACCUGGUCCAAGAAGCUUAUUCUCGACGUAUACUGAUCAGUGAAAAAUUAAUUGAGCCACGAUGGACUGGUUGGCAAACUUUCUCUUUAAAGUCAAUGCUGCAGACUUUCUUUGAUGGAGGGAAUAAAAGCUUACAGUUGGAAUUGAACUGUGAUGGAUGCCAAGAUGUGCCAGUUUUAGCCAAUCCCAAUAAUUCCCACCAGCCAUUUCUGGUAGCACAGGCCAAAGUCCAUGAACAAAGUCACCAUGCUACAAAGAGAAGUCUUAACUGUGAUCAGAACUCCAAUCUGUGCUGUAGGAAAGACUAUUAUGUAGACUUCAAGGAUAUUGGGUGGAAUGAUUGGAUUAUAAAACCAGAGGGAUAUCAGAUAAAUUAUUGCAUGGGCCUUUGCCCAAUGCAUAUCGCUGGAGCCCCAGGUAUGGCAGCCUCAUUCCACACCACGGUAUUAAAUCUCAUUAAGGCCAACAAUAUCCAGACAGCAGUGAACUCAUGCUGUGUCCCUACCAAAAGGCGCCCUUUGUCCAUGCUUUACUUUGAUAGAAAUAACAACGUUCUCAAGACUGACAUUGCCGAUAUGAUUGUGGAAGCCUGUGGGUGUAGCUAGGGCUUGGGCUACAUCAGUUUGGGACAUUUACAUUAAAAAAGAGGGAAGCUGGCUUUUCUCUUCAUUAUUUGCUCGAGAUGCUUUAGACAGGUGAAGAACAAGUGAAAAAACUGAUUCCACAUUCACUUAUCAAAUUCAUGGGAAUCGUUAACAAGAUCACCCUCUCUAAACGGAUCUAGGGAGCUGUAGCACAAUACUGUCCAGCAAGGUCAGCAGCCAUUUCUUGGUAUUGUGUGGCUUAUUAUUUCAGCAAGACAUCAGUAAAUUUAACACACAUCCUAUAGCUCUUGUACCAAAGAUCAAGCAACUAAAUCUUGCAUUUACAGCAAAAACGGUUCUUACAAGUCAGACGCAUCAUGUUACAAUUUAAAGUGCCAAUUUGAAAAUAUGGAUGGGAUCAGAAUGACAAAUACCUCUUAUCCAUUGCUUCACUUCUCAGAACUCAAAAUGUCAUUUUGAAAUAAUGAUUGACAAUGUUUUAAUCCUCCCUGGCAGAGAGCACCUUCUGAUGGUGAAUAACGCCACCACUCUAAUGUAUUAUAUUUUCUAUGUUAUUUGUACAUUGUUAUUUUAUUACUUUAUCACUGUUUAAUAAAAUAUUGCCUGGAAAAAAAAGAAA